AUGACGAGCUUAGAGGAGCGAGGUGGGGACAAUCCCUUUGGCAUACCCAUCAACGAUGAAAUCAAGGCUCUGCUAAAGCAGAUUCGUAAAGAAAAGGCCAAUCUGGUCAAACUGGAAAACAAACUCGAGAGCUACUCUGAUCGACGACAGUUAAUGGAUGAGUUCAUCAAAAAUUCUGAAGAACAGCAGAAGAACAAUGAGGCUCUGUGUAAUGCCCUUAAAAGAGAAGACGAUUCUCAGAAACACCUCCAAGCCAUCGCAGAGAGGAAGGCAGGUGGCUUAACACAGGAGACGAACAAGAUAAAGAACGACAUUCAGACUUUUGCAGAGCAGAGAAAAGGGCUAGAGAAUAGAAAGAUUGGGAGGAAACAGAAGCUAGAGUACUUGUGGAAGCUGAUGAACAGCGAGCAUGAGACCAUGGAGGAGUUUUUGGAGAAGUCAAAACGUAAACAUGACGACAUAAUGGCCAUCCUCAAGUACUCCGAGCAAGAUGAAGAGAGGAUCAAGUCUCUCACUCUGGCGAUAGGCAAGAAGGCCCUGGAAGCCAGUGAGAAGCACAAAGCAAAUGACAAGGAGAUGACUGAGACUAUAUCUACACAGCUUGCUUUGGAUGCAACCACGGAGAAUUUCCAGCAGACCCACCUGCAGACACAGUGGCUCAUCCAGCUGUGGGAAAAGACUGUCAAGCAGAUGAAUCAGCGUGAUAGUGAGAUUAACAAGUGUGCACUGCAACUUGCCAAAGCACAGCAGAGCCAAAGGGAAAGCAUUGCCGACAUUACAGCGAUGAGGCACUUGUUGGAUGAUCAGACGAGCAACAACCAGGAAAUUGAGAGGAAGAUAGUUACAGCCCAACAACAGGCAAUAAAGAUGCAACAGGAUUUUAAGGACCAGGAGAAAAACUGCAGUACGCUGCAGGAUGAGCUCAACAGUAUCAAGGGCGCACAAGACAAAUUAAAUUCCAGUGCCAAGUCUGCAAUGUCCAACAUAUCCAGAAUGAAGAAAGACAUCCAGGAUAGAGACCAGAAACUCAAGGAUGGCAAGGUGUAUAACACUGCGCUGGAGGAGAAGCUUACAGAAGUUAUUCAGAUUACCCUGAGUGAGGAGGAGAGAGCUGCUCAGAUGGACCAGUUUCUCAGGGAUGAGGAGGAGGAAAUCAAGGCACGGGAUAUCCAGCUGCUUGAAAGCAGUCAUGAGCUGUUCCGUUGUAAAGCUCAUUUGAAGGCUCUAAAGACAAAGGAAAAGGAUACUGUCGCCCAUGUUGCCAGGGGCAAAGCCUCGAGGUUGCUGAAAAACCAGCUGAAAGAUCAGGCUAAUGCCUUAACAAGACAGCGAGGGAUCUUUACUGAGCAGGACUCCAAGAUCAUCAACCUGGAUAGAAAACUGGCACGGAUGCAAGGAGACUCUGUACUUGAUGAAACACAAGAAUUAAGAACAAAGAUCGCUGAGCUGACCCAAGCCUUCGAGGAGAAGAAGUCAGCCAACAAGCUAACAAACGUGCUUAAAGAGGCUGAGGACGAUAUUCGCACAUUUAAGAAAGAGACGGAAAGGUCCGAAGCUCAAAAGAGAGAUGUGACCGAGAAGAUAGUGGAGCUCAACAUUCGCUGUAUUACCAGUGAGAACCAGCUGAAGACGCACCGGCUCAGGAAACAGGAAGAAAUGGUGGAGCUUAACAUCUUGAAGGUAGAGGUCAAGCGCAUUAGAGAUCUGCUGUACAACAAGACAGGCAAUGUGCUGUCUUUGGAGAGGAGGAAGCUGGGGCUGCAGAAAGCCCUAAAGGAGAGGGAGGAUGAAAUCAAGCUCUACAGAGAGAUGCUCGGCCAAAUGCUCAAGACCAGUGAGAAGGAGAGACAGAGACUGAGUACUGAACUCAAUGAGAAAAACGCCAAGAUCGAAAAGCUGACCGAUCAUUUUGAAACAAAAACACUUUUGAUGGCCGCACCUGAGGAAGACGUGGAGAAGUGGCUGGUUUGCUGUAUUAUAAAGGCUUCACAAGAGAAAGAGGAGCUCAAACGAAAGGGAGAUGCUAUGGUGGCUAAAAUGCGCAUGGUCAAGCAGGAGAACAGGGCUCUGGAUCACCACAACCAAUUGUUCAUGAACAGUAUAUCAGCGUAUGACAAAUACCUCAAAAUAAAAAGUGAAUCAGGUCUAGAAUUCCAGGAAAAAGUGAAGUUAGUGGAAGUGUUAGGGGAAGCUGAGGAUACAUUAAAUGUCAAGAAGAGAAACAUCGAGGGGCUGAAAAAGGGCAUCGAGCGUACAUCUAUGCAUGCUUUGUUGUGCGUGUUUUUGUUUACCAGUCUCUGUUUCCAGGACAAGAACAAUGCCUAUGAGAGUCUGCUGCAAGAGGAGGAGGUUGUGAGCGAGAUGAUGAGGGACCAACGAUCAAUCAUCAACAAACUGAAGAAAGAAAUCACUUCGCAGAAGGACAAAAUUAAAAGAGCAUCAACAAAGUGCUCCAAGCUGACAAAACAUAUCCGCUCAGAGGAAAAUACCAAAAAUGAGACUUUGGAAGAAAUGGACAUUAAACUGAAGGAGUUCAAAGAUUUCAACAAGAGCUUUGAUCACAUGCUGAGAGAGGUCGUGGUGGUCAAGCCUGAUCUCAGACCAGUGCUGGAGGAAAACUUUCUGCAGGCCAAUCUGACUUUUCCAGCUGCUGCAGACGGUCCAGACAGCUGCUCCAGAUCCAGGAUAAACUUGUUAAGCAGCUCUCUCAGUAGACAAGUGGGCUCAGGACAUCCUUCCUACGUGUUGGCCACUGUGGAACCGACUCCGACAUGAUCGUGACCUCCCCUGGUUCCACCUAGUAGCAACAGAAAGUUGAAGAAGUCCUUUCUUCUGCAGGCUGACCAACUCUUUUUUGGUCUCAUCCUGUUGAAUUUAGCGACUAUCCUUCAAGGUGAACACUUCCCUCUCCUUCACUUUCAGUAUAUUUUUCAAGUCGAAGAGUUCAGUCUCCAAACCUGUCUGAAUAAUACGUGCAGACUCGACUCUUUUUUGGACUCCAACAGAGUUGUCUUGAAAGACUGCAUCCUCUGCCUUUCUCUCCUGCACAUAGUUUCCUUCUUAUUGAGAUUUAGCCAGCUCACUGCUCUCCUUCUUGAAGUCCAGCAUGGCUCGUGGAGGGCCUUCAACAAUUUAUUGGGACUGCACGAUUGAUUUUGGGAAAGCAUGUCAGCCAUUUCGUCCUUUCCCAUGUCGUCCAUUCUUUCAAUUCAAGUAGAAGUGUUGAAAUUGCAUUGACAUUCAGACGAAGAGAACGUGUCUGUUUCUGUUUAGUAGUGUUUUUUUGGUUUUGUCUUUGAGCCGCUGUUUUCUCACACACUCUAAGAUGUUUCUGUUCAUGAACGCACUUAUUUACCUGGAAUUUACUUAUAUUUAGCAGCAAAGCAAAAGUGUAGCAACAUUCUAAUUGAGUACACAGAAUGUCACCUCCUUUUUACAAUAAAAUUAA